UUCACUGACUUGCCUACAUUGAGUACACUCUCUAGCCAUUAGUCUACCUAGCUAGAGUCUCUAUGGCCUUCACUGCUCACAUCUCCGCCGAGGCUGAGCCUCAGUAGCAACAAGUCUCAAGCCUCCUGCUCAACACUACUGGACAUAACACUGAAGCUUCAUAAUGCCACUCGAUCGCUCCCAGAUGCCCUAUGCUGCUUGCUACUGCGAAGAGAAUAUAUACCACCUUGCACGUCACUUGCAGUCUGCUGACGAGCUGUACGUUGCCAUCAUCAGCAAUGCAGACGGUCGCUUUCCACUGUGGCGCAAUAGACGGCGUCUUGAACUCGGCGAUCCACAAGGCCUUGUCGUUUGGGGUUACCAUGUCAUUCUCCUCCAACGAAACGCUUCCGCUCCUGUUGUGUACGACUUUGAUAGCGAUGUACCCUGGCCGUGUCCUCUGGCAGUUUAUGCGAGCGAAGUACUUAAAGACGAGACGUUUCUGCAGCCAACCUUUCAUCGUCUGUUUCGCAUCAUCUCUGCAACGGCGUAUUUGCGUGACUUUCGCAGCGAUCGGAGUCAUAUGCUCGCAGAGGACGGCGUCACUUACUUGAUGCCUGUACCAACCUGGCCAUGCCUUGGUGACGCUUCCAAGCCGAACAGUUUGCCGGCGCUGUAUCGUAUGGACCAGACGAUGCUUGGCAUGAAUAGCCUGCAUACACUCCAUGGCAGGGUCACGACACAAAACGAGAUGCUUGCGUUUAUGCAACCUCGUGACGAUUCGUAGAUUUAAUCUUCAUGCGGUUGACAGAAAUCCUUGCACCGCACAUCCUGUCCCUUGUCUAUCGCGCAGCCGCUGCAUACCUCCUUGCCACAGCGCUCACAAACGCGUCUGCAAAUGAUACAUACGUCCUUUUCGCAUGUUGCACAGACAGUGAGCAAAUCUUCCGUCUGCACGACUCGUUUCCGUAGAUAUUGAUGACGCUUACAGACAGCGCACUUGAAAUCUGAGAGCGUCUUGGGCGAGCCAACGCGUCGUGGCGCGUGCAGAGAAAUGAUGGGGUCUGGUUUAAGGCAAGCUGGCUUGAUGCGCUUGCACAGCGGCGAAGGCGGUCUUCUUUGGUUUACAUCCACACUGGCUUCUAGAGUGCGCUUCCGUAUCCGCUCUGCCAUGGCCUAGCUAUAGACGUCAAAUAUAAACUGUCGGGUUCAAACUUCCAAGCUUGAAGUGUAGAACUAUUGAGUCUGCGUGGGAUUUCGG